CCAGCAGCGGUAGACAAGACAGCCAGGCCCACCAUAGCAACCCACGAGCACAAGACGUACGUGCCGUAAUCCAGUGGGAAUGGGACGGGAAAGUUUGGAUGAUAGAGGAUGUGGGAUACAUUGCCACACUGCGGACACGGACCCCGAACUGUAGGGCCAUCCGUCGAGUAGCUACCACGGGACGACUAGAGUCAGUUGUUCCGCGGAUCUCUUGCAAGUUGGUUGGUUGUGAGAUUCAGAUCGUUCGCGUACACCGUGCCAUAGUGUUCUGCCGGAUUUUCCUCUCGAGAAAAUUUCCACCCAACCUUUCAGGAAUACGGAAAGGAAAGAAAAUCCUUUCGCAAUCGGAAUCGUCCCCUAAAUAUUUUUCAGAGUAUUCAGAUACGUGACGAACGUUGCUUCCCUUUGAUUUGUAAAUUCCUCCUGCUUAUUUGCGGGAAGAACGGAGUCCAACUCGUGAUUUUCGAGGUCAGGCAGGCUGGAGGACUCUGAUCCUUGUGGACGACGGUGCGGUUAUUUGUGAGUUCCGGAAUGAAACGUUCCGGACAUUGCGGUACCCUUGAUUAGUUCGUCGGUUUGCUUGGCCUGUCCGCCGCCCCAACCCGUUGUGUGGGCUCCGAAACAGGACGUCAGUACAGCACCGUGUGUGUUGGCAUAAAUUGCCAGACUAGCACCCUCGGGAUUAGCGUGCCAUUACCCAUCGAAUUUUACAAGUUGUGAAGCUCGAACUCGCACGCCUGAUUUCAUUCGUGGUUGCACGGUCCGUCUGAGGAGCGCCAGGACAAUGUUCGCGGGUCCUGCCAAGCCUCAGUCGCGGCGGAUUGGAUGAUGUUCGUCUCGCGAGCCACUAUGACGAUAUCUAUAAUGAUCCUGAUUGAUGCAAUUGCAACCAGAGUCAGUGCCCGUUGUAGUUGGUUUCGAGUGUGUCCUUGCCGUCGUCUCGGUCGUUUAUCCGCGGAGUUGUUGGAGUGAUUCUCAGAUUUCUAAUAGUUGGAAAGUCAGUUGAAAUUGGUUUCUAGUGCGCGCACUAAGGAAAAUUGAUAGCGUCAGUGGAGAGGGUCGUUUGCAGGCCACUUGAGGAAACGAUGCCUGGUGUCUUCCUUCCGAAGAUGAGUGAAAUGAUGCGUGCCAAGGAGAAGACGCCCGCUCGGUGCAUGGGCGACAAUCAUGAUAGUAGCGGCAGCUCGCGGUCGUCCGCGACUUUUUUGAAUAUCUUUUUCUAUUUAAUGUGCAUUAGUGCGUUAGGAUUAUCUUUAUACGCGAAUUAUCGCCAGACCCACGUCGAGGAGCGGAUACGACACUUACGCCACUUGGACGACCGACUGACCGCCCUCGAGGCCCAGUUGCUUGGCGGUGGAAAUACCGGUGCAUCGGUGGGUGCAUCGUCUGCAUCCUGGGGGCCAACUGGGGCAUCGUCAGCGCCGGUCGACUACACAAAUGUCGUGCGGAAACUUUCGAUGCAAGCCGAGGGCAUUCAACGCCUACGCCGCGACGUGUCGCAACUGCAUGCAAUCAGACGCCAGCAGCGUCAGACUUCGAUACAAUCAUCCCAAGAAUGUACCUGUCCGCCAGGCCCACCAGGUCCACCUGGCAAAAGAGGAAAGCGAGGUAAAAAGGGCGACCCAGGAGAAGCAGGACCGCAGGGGUCACCAGGUCUGCCUGGGGAGCACGGUCCGCUGGGCGCGAAGGGGCAGAAAGGUGAUCGCGGCAUUAUGGGUCCCAUCGGACUGGACGGGCCAAAAGGCGACGCUGGCAAACCCGGUGAUAAGGGUCAAAAAGGUGACGUAGGACAUCCCGGAAUUGAUGUGUUUCAGACAGUCAAGAGAUCGGUGACCACGUUACGCGGAGGUUCGCUGGGAAUCGCGGAAAUCGUGGCUGUGAAGGGUGAACCAGGGGAACCUGGUCCGCCGGGUCCAGCAGGGCCACCAGGAGCCGUAGGUGCACCAGGUAGGGACGGUGAAACAGGACCACCUGGAGAAACAGGUCCUCCAGGACCUCAAGGGCCACCAGGAGAACUAGGUCCUAUGGGACCGCCCGGGAAGACCGGCGAACCCGGUUUGAAGGGUGACAAGGGAGAUAAGGGCGACAGAGGACUAACCACCACAAUUAAGGGUGACGAAUUUCCCACCGGCAUAAUUGAAGGACCACCAGGACCUCCUGGACCACCUGGACCACAGGGACCACCAGGUGAAAGAGGUGAAGUCGGACCGAUGGGCCCACCGGGACCACAAGGAGAGAAGGGACCGCGGGGUAAACGAGGAAAACGGAUAUUUGGACAAGGAGGAAAGGAUGACGAUUACGAUGAGCCCGGUGUGACGUUAUUACGUGGACCACCAGGACCUCCUGGAACUCCAGGAAACCCAGGCCGUGAUGGUAAGGAUGGCAAAGAUGGACAAAAGGGAGAGCGAGGUGAAGCGGGAGAGCCAGGCUCUUUAGGACCUCGUGGACUGGAUGGAUUACCUGGGGAGCCAGGUAUUGAGGGACCUCCCGGUUUGCCAGGAUAUCAAGGACCGCCCGGAGAAAAGGGAGAUCGAGGCGAUAUUGGACCACCUGGUUUGAUGGGUCCACCAGGUUUACCAGGCCCUCCAGGAUAUCCAGGCCAAAAAGGUGAUAAGGGCGAACGAGGUGAUUCGAAGUACAGGAAAAUGCGACGAAGACAAGACGAAGGAAUGGCUGAUGCGCCGCACUCCAUGACAGAGUAUGUUUUCGGUCCACCCGGACCACCAGGCCCUAUGGGCCCACCAGGACAUCCAGGUCUUCCAGGCGAGCCCGGUCUGAACGGUCGAAAAGGUGAUCGGGGCGAGAAGGGUAACAGAGGUGAACAAGGCCCAAUGGGAUUGCCGGGCCCGAUGGGAAUGCGCGGUGAUUCAGGUUCUUCGGGUCCAGUAGGAAAGCCUGGACAUCCGGGACCCCCCGGGCUUGACGGAAUGAAGGGUGCACAAGGCGAGACUGGACAAAAGGGAGAACGUGGGGAUCCUGGCUUACCAGGUACAGAUGGGAUUCCCGGUCAAGAAGGACCGCGCGGUGAAAAAGGCUCAAAAGGUGAUCCCGGACCGACUGGCAAACGUGGGCGGAAGGGAGAUAGAGGCGAUAAGGGUGAACAGGGCGUUCCUGGACUAGACGCUCCUUGUCCUUUGGGUUCAGAUGGACUUCCUCUACCUGGAUGCGGAUGGCGACCCCCAAAAGAGCCCGUGAUAUCUGCACCUAUACACAAAGACUACUUACCCGAUGUAACGGCACCGGACAAUGAGAGUGAUUACGAGCACGAAGAUGAGGAAGAAGAUCCUGGUGAUGCCGAAGAAGAGUACGAUGAGCUCUAUCAGGAUAAUAUCCAUCAUUCCGACUAGUUCAAAGUGCAAUUAAUAAUGAAAAAGAUGAGAUCCGUACACCAGAAAGAUUACAAAACUAGGAAUAUGAUGCCAUAGCGUCCAAUUAGUCAAUAGAAAACCAGACCAGAUUGAAAAAAAAAGAUCCAAUUGCGGACUGCACUCGCUCGAAACAUCCUUGGCUUAUCUACCUCCAUACUAACAUCACAAUUUCAACCGCCCGAUAACUGUUUCACAAAAGAAAAAAUAAUGGACUGGCUUCAUGAAUUGCAGAAUUUACAGAACUAGCGCAACUAAACCGCAAAAGGAUACCCAACUACCCAAAAUCUGUUAUGAAGGAAGAUACUUUUCGCCCCGACCGAAAUAUAUCACCUCCCCCCACGGCCAUAUCUACGAAACGAGAUGGACAACUAUAGAUACAACUGACAACUAUAGAUACAACUGGGUCCCGAUUUGUAUACCAGACAACAAGCACGACAACAUACCAAUGAUUCAAUUCUACAUUAAAUUAUUUAAAUGAACGACCUCCUUCGCUGAUAUUGUUAUUAUUUCCUUUUCAUUAACUUAAGUAUUUUGUUAAUAAA